AUGAAGCAGGUCCUGUGGGAGGCCGGGACCGUGAGGAUCUUCCAAAGAACAGCCAUGGACCUGGCCGUGAUCAGCAGGAGGCUGCAGAAGCUCUUGAGGGAGGCGUUCUGCUGCACCUCCAGAAGGACUAAGACAUGCACUCUCCUACUGAAGAAGAAUAUAGAUGAGUGCACAGACACCUCUGUGUGCGGCCCCAAUGCAACCUGCAGCAACACUGUGGGAGGAUACACCUGCUCCUGUCACCAUGGAUACAGAGCCCCCCCAGGGGUCACUCUCACCAACUCCACAUACCCCUGCCAAGAUAUAGAUGAGUGCACAGACACCUCUGUGUGCGGCCCCAACGCAACCUGCAGCAACACUGUGGGAGGAUACACCUGCUCCUGUCACCAUGGAUACAGAGCCCCCCCAGGGGUCACUCUCGCCAGCUCCACAUACUCCUGCCAAGAUAUAGAUGAGUGCAAAGACAUCUCUGUGUGUGGCCCCAACGCAAACUGCAGCAACACUGUGGGGUCAUACACCUGCUCCUGUCACCAUGGAUACAGAGCCCCCCCAGGGGUCACUCUCACCAGCUCCACACAACCCUGCCAAGAUGUGGAUGAAUGCAGGGAGAACCCUACAAUCUGCAGCUCAAACGCAACCUGCAGCAACACCGCUGGCAGCUUCACCUGCGAGUGUAAGGAGGAAUUCAUUCCCAGCCCGGGGCUGGAAUGGAAGCUGGGAGUCACCACCUGUACAGGUGUGACAGAGGGCUUAAAUACAGGAGAAUGUGAGGGUAAAUGCCAGCUGGACUUUCUGGAUAAUCUGCUAGACAACAGCAGCUCACUGGUGCUUCCACCCACAGAGAGCGGGGAGGUGGAAGAGAGACAGAGUAAUGUGGUUCUGGAGAUCACAGAGAAGCUGGUGUCAGCGCUGGUGAAGCCAACACAAAACCAGAGCAGCACCAGCGUUGCUACUGAAAAAAUAGGUUUGUACCCGCCAGCAUCCUCAAGCCUGUGGGUGCAAACAUAUGCCAUCGGGCCAGAAGCCAACCUGACCGACAUACCUCAGCUAAAAGCCAGAGACAACAUUCUGAAAAUUGAUCUGCCUGGCAUCGCUAAGAACAACCAUGGAUCUGCAGCGGUGGCCUUCAUGACCUACUCCAACAUGGAGAAGGUUCUGAAGGCCACUCUCUUCCACACGGAGAACGACACCAUCAAGACCAUGAUGUCUGCUGUGUUUGCUGCCUCCCUCCCCAAAACCAAAAACACAACGUUGCCCAAACCGGUCAACUUUACCCUGAGACACGUCACACAGGUGGACCCUGAGGGCCAGCUCACCUGUGUGUACUGGAAUCAUAACGGGUGGAUCGUGGAUGGCUGUGAGCUCACAGAGACCAACACCACUCACACCGUGUGCACCUGCAACCACCUGUCUACAUUUGCCCUCAUCAUGCAAACGGACACACCACCUGAGGAAGACAAAUUCCUGGAGCUGAUCAACACUAUCGCAGUGUCAGUGGGGCUCCUGUUUCUGGCCCUGGCCAUCCUGACCUUCAUCCUCUGUCGCUGGAACCCUAAAGUCAGCAACACAGCACGCCUGAACCUCUCCAUCUGCCUCUUCGUGGCCCACCUGCUCUUCCUGCUGGUGCAGAGUUUCCUCUCUCACAUCCAGAAGCACAAGCUGGUGUGUGCAGUGAUCUCGGGCGUGCUGCACUUCCUCUUCCUGUCCAGCUUUGUGUGGAUGUUCCUGGAGGCUCUGCAGCUCUUCCUGUUGGUGCGCAACCUGAGAGAGGUCAGGAUUAUACAGAGGGAGGGAAUCCACUGCGGCUUCCUGCUGCUGAUUGGCUACGGCGCCCCCUGUCUGGUGGUGGGUGUGUCUGCAGGACUGGUUCCUGAUGGAUACGGCAGUGACCAAUGCUGGCUGAAGACUGAUGAGGGCUUCAGGUGGAGUUUUCUGGGGCCAGUGUGUUAUAUUCUUGCAGUGAAUGUCAUCCUCUUUAUUACCAUCAUUGGACACAUGAGGUUUAUCUUGGCUGGUGUAAACAAGGAAGUCUCUCAACUGAAAGACACCAGAGUCAUGGUGUUCAAAGCGCUGCUCCAGUUCAUCAUUCUCGGUUGCCCCUGGAUACUCGGCUUCUUUGUGAACAACAGCAAGGUGCUGGAGUAUCUCUUCCUGCUUAUAACCUCCCAGCAGGGCACAUUCAUCUUCCUGGUGCACUGCGUCCUCAACAAACAGGUUCAGGAGCAGUACAGGAGGUGGUGGAAGACUCUUUGCUGCUCCAGUGAAGCCUCUGAGUCCACCCACUCCUCCAGGUCGUGA